CAGGUAAACUUAUCUCAUUAACUGCAGAUAUAAUACAGGUGAUGCUGGCAGCUUCUUCCGUUUAUGUUUUAAAACAAACAACUGAAAACAACGUAGACAGUUCACGAUCAUAAUUCUAAAAUGACUCGAUGUAUUCUUCUGAUAUUAAUCUAUUUGACGCGUUUGAUAAACAGUGCUGAGAUCAACAGAAAUGACGGCCACGCAUUCGCAGGUGGAGGGCGAGAGCAAUACGCCUUCUAUGCCCUGCGGAGCUGCCAUCAGGUCCUGCACGCUGACAGCGGUGAGUUCUUCUCCCCCGACUACCUGUGCUCAAACCCCGCCGUGUGGUGCAACUGGACCAUCCAGGUGCAUCCUGGGAAGCGUGUGGACCUGUACCUGGAGGACUUCACGACACCGGACUCCUGUCAGCUGAAGAGCGAUCAGAUCCACCUGGAUGAGUCUCCGUCGGCUGCGGGGGGGCAGAGGGUCCUGGAGAGGUGCUGGAGGAAGGCCAGGUACACCUCGGUGUCCAACACUGUCCAGGUGGUGCUGCUCAUCGACGGCGACCCGCCCGCCCCCUACAGGGGCUUCUACGGACGCUAUAAAGCUUUCGGACCACUGGAUAUUCCUGAUCUCAUGUUUGAUGGCGUGGUAGAAGCAGCAUUAGAUGGAGAUGAAGCGGAUGCAGUUACGGAUGCUCCGCCAGGUCUGAACAACCUAACCACUUCUUCUGGUCUGACCGGGUCAGGGGCGUUCGGGACCACCUCAGAGACUAAUGAACUCCAUUAUGGGAAAAGGGAAUCCUGGGAAAAGAGUCCCGCGGAUUCAACUAUGGAUUCAGCUCCUCGCGUUCUAGCGUCUGGUUACGACGGUGAGGUUUCAUCCGAUGAUGAUGCAUACUAUGAUGAUGAUUUUUCUCCAACGUCACAAGAAGGAGCUAGACGGUGGGCCCCUGAGACCCAGCAAAACCAACCGGGAAGUGGACCGUCUCGAAUCCGCUCCAGAUACCAGGCUGCUCACACAGACACACUCAGCGCACACACUCGCAUGCCACACAUCUGGACCGAAGCUGUUAAACCCGUCGCUCGCUCUCCGUCUGCCACGCGCAGGAAUGUGGACGCACAAGCACGCGCUUCCGAUGAGACCGAGCCGGACAGAGCCAAAAUGGCGUCUGGUGUUGGGGAAGUGAGGUGGGUGAGAGUGGGACAGCGGGAUGACGGGGAAGACGUUUCUAUGGAGACGACAGGGACUGAGAGCGGCGACACACUGGACGCACAACCCAAAUUACACCGCAGAUCUAAAGAGAAAGCUCACUACCAGCAGACCUCAGGAAAUGUCACACACUACAGUCAUUUACCUGGCGAGCUGCUGCUGGAGGCGGGUGUCGAGGUCCGUCUGGAGCCUGGACAUCAUGAAGGAUCCUCUUCCCUCAGAUCUGCUCUCGAGCACAUGAUGCGAGAAGCGUGUGGACUUCUCACCCUGAAGAGCCUGGACUUCAAACGACUGAAGAAGUUGAGUUCUGGUGUUUUCUUCAUCGUGUGGCUGAGGUUUCAGAAGGCCACUGUAGGGGAUCUUCAGUCGGCUCUGCAGGAGCUACAGGACAGAACCAUCAAAUCCCAAACCAGCAGAACUCAGGGCGUCAUUGCAUCGGUCUCUACUGAAGACAUCAAUGAGUGUGAGACACAAAUGGUGGUGUGUGACGCUCACGCCGAGUGUGUGAAUCACUUUGGCUCGUACUCCUGUCGCUGUCUCCAUGGUUACCGCAAGGGAGCGAGCGUUUGCGCGGCGUCUCCCGAACCUGACUGUAACGAUACAUCUCCCACAAUCCUCCGGGGUGUUUACGCCAUCUGUGGCCUGCUCGUGUUGCUCAUCUUGCUGAUGCUUUUGGUGAUCUUUUAUCUAUACCGUCGACACUUUAGGCGGGUGUUCCUGCUUCGCUGUCAGAAAACUAGCAUUAGCAGUGUCGUGAAUGCUGUUGCUAAUGGCGAUGACAACAAUAACACCGGAAAUGAUGACGGCAGUGGUGCGAACCCGUCCAGAUUCCCGCCUCCACCUCCACCUCCACCCAUGAGGAUCCCCAAAGAUGGCCACCGCUCUCUGGACCUGCCAUUACUACGCUUCAGCUCGCUAGUGCCUCCUGAUGGAUAUAGAAGUAAAAUACAUGCAGAGAACCACAAGUUUUGAUUGUUACGGUGUUACUCUUGUCUGUCACUAAAUGCACUGCACUUCA